GCAUCCUCCAAUUUUCUCGCUGAGAAAAACUUUCCACUCUCACAAUCUCUAACAGUCAAAAUGCUUCUCAAGGCUGCUUCUUGUUCUUCUGCUUUCUCGCUGGGGAUGAAGGAUGUUUCUCCUUUGUUAUCAUCCGUUUCGUCUCCAAUCGACUCCUCCUCGAGUCUUCGUGUUUCUUCUUCUGGUAAAUCUGGAAACCUCUCCUUCUCCGUUCGCGCAUCGUCCAAGGGAUCAACCACCGAUGCGCUUAUCGGCGUCGUUUUUCAGCCGUUUGAGGAGGUCAAGAAGGAGCUCGAGCUCGUCCCAACCAGCUCUCAUGUCUCUCUCGCCCGACAGAAAUACUCAGACGAGUGCGAAGCUGCCAUUAACGAGCAGAUCAAUGUGGAAUACAAUCUUUCGUAUGUGUAUCACGCUAUGUAUGCUUACUUCGAUCGGGAUAACGUCGCGCUCAAAGGUCUUGCCAAAUUCUUCAAGGAAUCGAGUGUCGAAGAAAGAGAGCACGCUGAGAAGUUGAUGGAGUAUCAGAACAAACGUGGUGGGAGAGUUAAGUUACAGUCCAUUGUAAUGCCUCUCUCAGAGUUUGAACACGUUGAUAAAGGAGAUGCUCUAUAUGGCAUGGAGCUGGCUCUGUCACUGGAGAAACUAGUUAAUGAGAAGCUCUUAAACCUCCACAGUGUCGCUUCCAAGAACGGUGAUGUCCACUUGGCAGAUUUUAUCGAGAGCGAGUUCUUGACCGAGCAGGUGGAAGCAAUCAAGAAAAUCUCAGAAUAUGUAGCUCAACUACGAAGAGUUGGCAAAGGACAUGGAACAUGGCAUUUCAAUCAGAUGCUUCUGGAAGCGUAAGCCGAAGGAAUAAGGUCCAGUCUUGGUUCUAACACAUGGCCAGAGGGCGACCAUCCAACGCCCAGAUUUUUUUUUUUGAUGUUUUAAAUUUUGAUAAAAAAGGAUCAUGAUCACAUGUAUUAUCCUUUUUUUUUUUACUGCAAGCCGUUGUUGACUGUUGACAUGUUACAUUGUGAUCUGUUCGAAGUCCAAAUAUGUUGACUCGGGCCCUAUCA